GUCCACCCGCCGUCGCCUUCCUCCCACUCCGUGUCACCAAUGUCAUCCUUUCCCCCUCCCGUCGACGUCUCGACCCUCGAUCAUCUCGUGCGCGCUGCCGACAACUCAGCAACCAAUUGGUAUUCCUUCGUCGGCAGCCUCCACCGCGUCCUCGGCAGUGCUUAUGUCCUGCCGUUCCGCCUCCUGGACAUCAUGCUUGGUCUCCCAGAGGAUCUACCGUCUCCUCGAAGGCCUCUCCCCUCAAUAUGAAGUGCGCGUCAUCGCCUUCACUGAGGCUCAGCCCCGCGCCUCCCUUGACACUGUGGUCCAAUGGAUCAUUGACGCUGAGGCCCGCCUUCUCUCAACCCCCCCCUCCGGCCUGAACUCCACCGCGUCCCAAAACCCCCAGCUUGCAGUCACACAGCCGCGUCGUGGCGGGCGCCCACGUGGCGGCCGCACCAACCCUCAGGGAAGGGGUGGAGGUGGCGGUUGUGGGGGCAGUGGAGCCGGCGGCGGUGGUGGCGGGGUCGAGGGUGGCAGCAGUGGUGGUGGUGGAGGCAGUGGUGGCUCAUCUGGUAGCCGUGGUGGCCGCCCUGGCACUCUUCCCCCAUGUUCCUAUCUUCGCCGUUUUGGUCCCAGGGCGGGUGAGCGCUGCACCCAAACCAACCAUCCCCCCGCAACCUGCUUCAAGGCGUAUGAUGACGCCUGGUGACAUUUACGACCCAGCUGUCCCUGACUCCCCUGCUCACUCUGCCUCAUCGCACCAGCAGCAGCAGCAGCAGCAGCAGCAGCAGCAGCAGCAGCAGCAGCAGCAGCAGCAGAAGGAGCAGCAGCAGCAGCAGCAACAGCAGCAGCAGCAGGUGCAGCAGCAGCAGCGGAUGGAGCAGCAGCAGCAGCAGCAGCAGCAGCAGCAGCAGCAGGAGGUGCAGCAGCGGAUGGAGCAGCAGCAGCAGCAGCAGCAGCAACCGCAGGCAGUGCAGCAACAGCAGCCGCAGCAAGAGGUGCAGCAGCCGCAGCAGGAGGUGCAGCAGCAGCACCAGCAGCAGCCACAGCAGCAGCAGCAGCAGCAGCAGCCACUGCAGCAACCUCAUCGGCAUCGCCGCACCACCUCUCCGUUCAUCCUCCCACGCAUCCACACUCGCUCUCACGGCCCACUCAUAGGCCAUCCAUGGGGAGGCUCGCUGGCUCACCUUCCUCCUUGCUGAGAUCGGUGCUCCUCAGUGCUGUCCCACCCUCUGGUGCGACAACGCCAGCACCAUCCAUCUCACAAAGGACCCUGUCUUCCAUGGCCGCUCCAAGCACAUUGAACUCCGCUACUUC